AUGGCAUCUGCCUCGCGAAACUUCUCUCGCGCCCUGCGCACCGCCGCUCCCUCGUUCCGCACCACCUCGACCCGCUCCUCUGCCCGCUUCGUCGCGCCCACACAGAACGCCUUCCGCAACCAACGACGCGGAUACGCUUCUGAGGAGAAUGGACCAGACAAGCAUGAGGGCAACCCAACUGGUCUAGCCUGGGGCGCUGGCGCUCUCCUCGUCGGUGCUGGUGUAUACGGCCUCUACACAUACAAGCCAGAGUUGUUCGGCCAGACCAACAGCAGGAAGAUCUUCACACCCAGGUUUGAGGACUACCAGAAGGUCUACAACCACAUCGCCAAGAGGCUUGAGGAGCACGAUGACUACGAUGAUGGUAGCUACGGUCCUGUUCUUCUUCGCCUUGCAUGGCACGCAUCGGGAACCUUCGACAAGAUGACGGGAACUGGUGGUUCCAACGGUGCUACCAUGCGCUUCGCCCCCGAAGGUGACCACGGCGCCAACGCUGGUCUCAAGGCCGCCCGCGACUUCCUCGAGCCCGUCAAGGAAGCCUUCCCAUGGAUCACCUACUCCGAUCUGUGGAUUCUCGCCGGUGUCUGCGCCAUCCAAGAGAUGCAGGGCCCCAAGAUCCCGUACCGCGCUGGCCGCACCGACCGUGACGUCUCCUUCUGCACACCCGACGGCCGUCUGCCCGACGCCAGCAAGGACUCCAGCCACAUCCGCGCCAUUUUUGGCCGCAUGGGUUUCGACGACCGCGCCAUGGUCGCCCUUUCCGGUGCACACGCCCUAGGCCGCUGCCACACUGACCGCUCUGGCUUCGACGGCCCCUGGACCUUCUCUCCCACCACCCUGACCAACGACUACUACAAGCUCCUUGUCGAGGAGAAGUGGGCAUGGAAGAAGUGGAACGGUCCCAAGCAGUUCGAGGAUGUCAAGACUAAGAGCUUGAUGAUGCUGCCCACCGAUAUGGAGCUUGUUAAGGACAAGAGCUUCAGGAAGUACACCGACCUGUACGCCAAGGACAACGAGGCUUUCUUCAAGGACUUUUCCGAGAGCGUCAUGACUCUGUUUGAGCUCGGUGUACCGUUCCAGCAGCCUGAGGACCAGCGCUACGUCUUCAAGAGCUCGUUCGACUAA